AUGGGUUGUUUUGUUGCUCACAUCACUGCAAGCCCUGAGUCGAUAAGUGAUCUGGCCACAACGACUAUCAAAAGAAACUGCCGAGAGCGCGGUCUGCUCGAAGAUAUUCCUCUUCUGCCAAUUGCCUUGAACGAUGAUCUUCUCAGUCUUGGAUAUUCGUUCGGAACAAUACAGACAUGCGAUUUCAAAAUUCCUGAUCUAGAUGGGAGCAUGAUGGAGGGCUGUUGUCUCGAGUUCCAAGAGAAUACCUUAGUCUUGCGCGAUCUCACCACAUCCAACAACGGCGAAGAUAUUGCAGGCACCGUGCGCAACCAAAUACCUGGCAGAAUCUGUGGGUUCACUCGGAUCUUAUGGGAUGGUUUUGUAUCUGUCACUCAAUUACAACUUAACUUCCAUCCGGAACUUCGAUUUGUUCUUCAGAUCUACCCUGAGACUCUGGAAGCUGUGCCCAAUCUUUUAAGCAGCUUCAAGAGCCCUAGACCGAGACAACUGCUCGAUUUGCAGAUUGAGAGAGUGUCUGAUAACGGAAACGUCGUUCAUGCAUUGCAGAGCUCUGAUAGUUCUCGGAGCAGUGAAAAAUCCGGAAGCAAUAAGCAGAUUGAGAUUCAAUACAAUGCUGCAGAUAGACAGAACAAUGAUUAUUUGUAUCCUGCGGCAACAACUCCGAGUUCUGGUGAUCCGGUAGUAACGAUUCGAGGUAUCAAUAUUCUUUAUAUACCUCAUGGCACAGAUGAUAGCACUAGUGGCAUGCUAGAAGUUACAUCUCUAUCAUUAGCCUGGGGAUAUAAAACCUCCGAGGGGCUCAAGAAAAUGCUUUUGAUGGCAGGAUUUACAAUCAGCAAUCUUCGGAACAGGUCAUAUGUCUCUGUGCGCGACAUCAUUCUCUGUUGCUGCUAUCGACUGUUCCGCUCAAAACGCGAAAGCAACAGCGAAUGCGAUGGCAAAUUCGAGAAAGAAAUUCUCAAGAAGGCCGAGGAGCUUCACCCAGACAUUGCAGACGUCGAUGCUCAGUUCUCGUUCAAGAAACUCUGGGAGCGAGAAAAGUUUGGCGAGCGCAAGUUUAUGAUGAAAAGCAGUAGCUUGUUCUUCGUAAGAGCUGGAAAUCGUUCACCUGCAUCACGUUCGAGGAUGCUCGACGGCUCGGUCAAAGAUAUCCUCGAGUGGAUCGCCUACUGCAAGACUUAG